AUGAAGGACCGGCCGCCACCGUCUCCGUCACGCGGCGCACUUUACGUGCCGCCACAUCACCGCAUCCGCUCCGUCAUCACUACACCGUCCGCCAACUCCUCCUUCGCUAAGGAUUCCGUGCUUACAACUUUAAGUACUAAUAAUACUACUGGCUCUCAGAGCUCACUUCUUCAUUCCGAAGUGAAUAAGAGUAAUGAUAACAAUACGAAUUCUAACAAUCCUUACAUGUACUUGCCACAUCAUCAAUAUAAGCAGCAGGUACAGGAGAAAAAAUCGCUGCAUAAUAAGGUGUCAGAGGAAGUUUCCUAUUGUGAUAUCGAGUUUUUGACACAUCCAGAUGCUUCCACCUUGGAUGACGUUGAUGGCUGGAAAUGGAAGUUAACUACUCUUUUAGACAAUAAGGAUAAGCAAGAAUUAGUAUCAAGAAAUAAAAGGGAUAGGCGCAAUUAUGGUCAAAUAUCAGCUUUAGCAACCAGAAUGGGUUUAUACAGCCACCUGUAUACAAAAGUGGUAGUUGUCAGUAAGGUUCCUUUGCCCAACUAUCGAUUUGAUCUCGACGAAAAGCGUCCACAGAGGGAGGUGAUCUUGCCUCCACAUUUGCGAAGGCGCGUGGAAACCCAUCUUGGGCAAUACAUUUCCCAAAAGCCCAAGGACAUAGAUGCAUUUUCAAGAUCAAGCAGUAAUUGCAGUAUCGCUACCGAUGAAGGGCUUUUUGAGCAACCUGAGCUGCUUCCACCUAGCAAGGUUGCCAUUGAGAAAAUUAUUUGGCGCAAAAGUCAGCAAAUGCAAGAGGAGCAACUGAUUUGGCAGCAAUCUCCUGAAGGCAGAGAGAUGAUGGAAUUUCGUAGUAGUCUGCCUGCUUACAUGGAGAAAGAUGCAAUAUUAAGUGCCAUUUUGCAGAACCAGGUUGUAAUAAUCUCUGGUGAAACUGGAUGUGGAAAGACCACUCAGAUUCCCCAAUUUAUUUUGGAGUCUGAGAUUAACUCAAAUCGUGGAGCAAUGUGCAAUAUCAUAUGUACUCAGCCCAGAAGGAUAUCUGCAAUGUCUAUAUCAGAGAGGAUUUCCGCUGAGAGAGGGGAGAAAUUGGGGGAUACAGUUGGAUAUAAAGUUCGGUUAGAGGGUAUGAAAGGAAGGGAUACCCACCUCCUCUUCUGCACAACAGGCAUUUUGCUGAGAAGAUUACUAGCUGAUAGAAACUUGAAGGGUGUGACACACAUUAUCGUGGAUGAGAUACAUGAACGUGGAAUGAAUGAAGAUUUUUUGCUUAUUAUUUUGAAAGAUCUACUACCUCGUCGGCCAGAACUAAGGCUAAUUCUCAUGAGUGCAACCUUAGAUGCAGAGCUCUUCUCAUCAUAUUUUGGUGGGGCUCCAAAGGUCUACAUCCCGGGUUUCACUUAUCCAGUACGUACUCAUUUUCUAGAAAAUAUUUUGGAAAGGACGGGAUACCAAUUGACACAAUAUAAUCAAAUUGAUGAUUAUGGUAUGGAGAAGAUGUGGAAAAUGAGUAGACAAGCUCCAAGAAAGAGAAAGAGCCAGCUUGUUUCUGCUGUUGAGGAGGCAUGUAAAGCUGCUGAUUUCAAGGAUUAUAGUGCUCAGACACGGGAAUCUUUGUCUUGCUGGAAUCCUGAUUGUCUAGGUUUCAACCUCAUAGAAUAUCUUCUGUGCUAUAUAUGCGAGAAUGAAAGGCCUGGUGCUGUUUUAGUUUUUCUGACUGGGUGGGAGGACUUAAGCUCCUUGAAGGAUAAGCUGCAAGGUCAUCCUCUAGUAGGAGAUACUAGUCGAGUUUUAUUGCUGGCAUGCCAUGGUUCCAUGGCCAGUGAGGAGCAGAAACUAAUAUUUAACAAGCCUGAAGAUGGAAUAAGGAAGAUCGUUCUGGCUACCAAUAUUGCUGAAACCAGUAUUACAAUUAAUGACGUGGUUUUUGUCAUUGACUGUGGGAAGGCAAAAGAGACAUCGUAUGAUGCGCUAAACAAUACUCCUUGUCUGCUUCCUUCUUGGAUUUCAAAGGUUUCAGCUCAACAAAGAAGAGGAAGAGCUGGACGUGUUCAGCCAGGAGAGUGCUAUCAUAUCUAUCCAAGAUGUGUAUAUGAUGCUUUUGCAGAUUAUCAGUUACCAGAAAUUUUAAGGACCCCACUGCAGUCUCUUUGUUUGCAAAUUAAAAGUCUGAAACUGGGUACUAUUUCUGAGUUCCUAUCAAGGGCACUGCAGUCUCCUGAGUAUCUAGCGGUUCAAAAUGCUAUUGAAUAUUUAAAGAUCAUUGGGGCUUUGGACGAGACUGAAAAUUUGACUGUUUUAGGACGCUACUUAACAAUGCUUCCAAUGGAGCCAAAACAUGGUAAAAUGCUUAUACUUGGCGCUAUAUUGAAUUGCCUGGACCCAAUGUUAAGUGUUGUUGCUGCUCUAAAUGUCCGUGACCCUUUCUUAACCCCAAUGGACAAGAAGGAUUUAGCAGAAGCUGCAAAAGCUCAAUUUUCACAUGACUAUAGUGACCACCUCGCUCUUGUUCGGGCUUUUGAGGGGUGGAAAGUCGCUGAUAGAGAUCUUGCUGGAUAUGAAUAUUGCUGGAAGAAUUUCCUCAACCCAGCCAUUUACAAUACUUGGAGCUAUGAUGAGCAUCUUCUUCGAGCAAUUAUUUGCUAUGGAUUGUAUCCUGGAAUCUGCUCUGUUGUGCACAAUGAGAAAACCUUCUUACUUAAAACGAUGGAAGACGGGCAGGUGCUUUUGUGCUAUAACUCGGUCAAUGCACGUGACUCAAGGAUACCAUAUCCAUGGCUUGUUUUCAAUGAAAAGAUCAAAGUUAACUCUGUCUUCCUGCGGGAUUCAACAGCUGUGUCUGAUUCAGUGCUGGUCCUAUUUGGUGGAGGCAUCUCAGAAGGAGAUAUGGACGGUCACUUAAAAAUGUUGGGUGGAUAUUUGGAGUUUUAUAUGGAGCCUGCUACAGCAAAACUGUAUCAGAGUUUGAAGAGAGAGUUCGAGGAAUUUAUUCAAACAAAACUCCUUUAUCCGUGGAUGGAUAUACAUUCCUACCAUGAACUUUUAUCUGCAAUACGGCUGCUGAUCUCAGAUGAUCAAUGUGGUGGUAGAUUUGCUUUCAACCGCCAGAUAGAACAAACCUCCAACCCAUCUAUUGUAGCAGAAGCUCCAACCUUGAUACCUAGGUCGGAAAGCGCUCCUGGUGGUGAUAAUUCAAAGAGUCAGCUACAAACAUUGCUGACUCGAGCAGGCCGUGGAGUACCAGUAUACAAGACGAAGCAGCUAAAGAACAACCAGUUCCAAUCAACUGUAGAAUUCAACGGUAUGCAGAUAACGGGGCAGCCAUUUAACAACAAGAAGCAAGCAGAAAAAGAUGCUGCAGCUGAGGCACUGCAGUGGAUUUUGGGACGGAAUCAGGCUGGCCACGACAAUGUUGACCACAUGUCAAUGUUGCUGAAAAAGAGCAAGAAGGACCACAAGUAG